UGAAAGACAGUACUUAAAUUACGACGGCUUCGUAGGAUUCAGUCACCAUCUACGCAUCCUCCGAAUCUGCCUCGACUACUUGCCUACCUUCCGAGUCCAUACAAGCACUAGUGCAGCUAUCACAUCAGCUUCAGCUCAACAAAGUCAACAACAACUCUAACUCAACCCCAACUCCUCACCAACCCAACCCAACCCCAACACCCCCAAUGGCCUCCCUACUCCCCCUCAGCCCCUCCUCAACCUCACUCCUCCAAGGCUACGCCAUCAUCUCCGCCGCCCUCGCAGCUGGCACCAACCUCUCAACCUCCUUCCUCACAAUCCCCACCAUCCUCCUCUCCCCGCACCCCCUCCUGCUCGCGCAAUGGACGGCCCUCUACUCCGCCGGCAUCACCCCCAUGGUCACCCUCUCCAUGACCUCGACCACCGCCUUCGCCGUCCUCGCCUACGCCUCCCACGCCUCCGCCCUCCCUGCCGCAGCUAGCACGGCGAAGCUGUACGGCGUCGCGGCGGCCGCGGCGUUCGCGAUGGCGCCGUGGACGCGGCUGGUCAUGUGGGGCACGAACCAGCGGCUGCUGGCGCUGAACCAGGAGCGGGAGCAGGGGACGGGGGGCAAGGGGGUGGUGGAGGCCGGGGAGGAGCCGGUGGAUCGGCUGGUGGAGCGGUGGGCGGGGUUGAAUGUGGUAAGGGGGGUGGCGAGUUUGGGGGCGGCGGUGGUGGGGGGGUUGGCGAGUUUGGCAUGA